AUGAACAUGGCUCAACCACAUACUGGUGAAGUCCCUGAGGAUAUGUGGAUCUGCGGGGAGUGUAAUGGAGGCAAUUUGAUUGAACUGACCGCCGAUCAAUGCCCCGUGUGUGGCCAUACCAAAGAUCACUGCUGCAUCGGACCCGGCGAGCAAUACCCGAAGAGGACAGGGCUUUUCCCAGGCCAUCCAGAACUCAACUACAGUUCGAGCCAUAUCCAUACUACCCCUUCACCUUGCAUCCCAUCUGAAGGGCAGUGCGACAUCAACACGCUCUGUCGUGGGGGAGGACCAUUCAUCAACAAUGCCGACGGCAUCCCCGAUGAUGUGUGGAUCUGCUCAGAAUGUGGUGGCGAGAAUAGGGAUUGGUACGAUGUAUGUCCUUUGUGCAAUAUAGGGACCAGGACGGCCAUGCGGGUCCGGGACAGCAUCCCUCUCACUACUCUGGGCGGUGCCGGCUCCGCAGCUGAAGGUUCAUGGGUCUGCAACAACUGUGGCACUGCGAACUCCAGCUUGACUCCGGACUUCUGUCCUGCUUGCGGCGCGUACCGUUAG